AUGUCUUCAGUCCCAGGGCUUCCUACACGAGGAUCAAAUGUAACAGUUCUUAUAACCAGGGUUCACUUGCAUCCAUUGUGUGUGCUGGUGGAGUUCUGGGGCAAAUUUAGUCAGGAGCGGAUAACAGAUUAUGAAAGUCUAGCAGAAGACAUUCAGUCUCCUGGAGCCACAUUUAAAGAUCUAGAGGGAAAUCCUGGCGAUCAUUGCUUGGCUCAGAUAGAUAGUACUUGGUACAGAUCACGCAUAGUUUCAAGAUGUGGCUCGGAAUAUAGCGUGCUUCUCAUUGACAAAGGUAUAACAUACGCUGCCAACACAAGCAAGCUAGCAUGGGGCAAGACGGAGUAUUUUCAACUGCCCCCUGAAGUGGAGUUUUGUGUAUUGGAUAAUGUAUUACCACUCUCACCUGAGAAUAGAUGGUCUCCAGUGGCCCUUGAGUUUCUCCAAUCUCUCCCUGGGAAGUCUGUGACCGCACACAUCCAAGAUGUGCUGGUGUCACCCCAGACAUUUCUCCUGCACAUUCCUUGCAUAUCUAAACAAAUGUAUGAGAUGGGACUUGCAAAGAAGUUGUCUCCGGUAACCUUUCAGGAGGUUGUUCUCAAGUCAAUAAAGCCCCACAGUGAAGCUGAAACCUCUCCAGAGAUUCAGCAGGUCACUGUAGGAUCAAGAGAACAACUGCACAAACAAGAUCAGUUCAUGUACCCAGAACUGCCAGGGGCAACAGCAGAGAUUGUCAUUGUGACAGAAGUGACAAAUCCACUAAGGAUUUUUUGCCAGUUAAAGGUUUUCUCACAAGAGCUAAAUAAGCUUUCUGUGAAAAUUACACAGAACUAUGAAGGUAGAGUGUCCAGUUGCAUUGUAAGCAAUGACAUGAUUGGGUUUCCAUGUGCAACAAGAGGAAGUGAUGGCAAAUGGUACCGCUCUGUCCUACAACAAGUUUUUCCAACAAAUAAACUGGUGGAAGUAUUGAAUGUGGACUAUGGAACAAAGCAAGUAGUUCAAAUGGAGAAUGUGAGGCCUCUGACUGCAGAGUUUUUCAGGAUGCCAGUCGUCACUUACAUGUGCUCUCUCCAUGGAAUCGUUGACAAAGGGGUGGGAUGGACAUCCAGCCAAGUUGACCUUCUUCGGUCUCUCCUACUCCACAAGACUGUGAUUGCCAAGUUUGAGUACCAAAGUGUCCCUGAGGGAGUUUACUAUGUUACCCUCUAUGGUGAUGACAAUGCAAACCUGAAUAAUUUAUUUGGUUCUAAAGAAAACUGUUUGCUUGAGUGUGAAAAAACACUUGGAGAUUAUGCCAUCCGAACCAUCGCAGACAACCACCAAUUUCGGUCUCGACAAGAACAAAAUAAAUUACCUUUUCAACUGACUGUGGAAAAAAAUGGUGCAAAAAUAGUACAUAAGCCUUCCGUCAUGACUCUUGCUUUGAACUCUUCAAGCCUAGCGACUGUUGAGCACAUAUCCAACCCAUUAGAGUUUUGGAUCCAAACUGAGAACCACAGAGCAGAUUUGGAUGAACUGUUUAAAAAUAUGCACUAUCUGUACCAAGACUCUGCAAACACACAUGUGUUGAAAAAUCCAACUCUAGGACUUUACUGUGCUGCCCAGGCAGAAGAUGGUGAAUUCUACAGAGCAACAAUAAUGGAACUAAGUGAGACACAAGUUACAGUGUUUUUUGUUGAUUAUGGAAACACUGAAGUGGUUGAUAAAAGUGACAUCAAGACCCUCCCUCCUGAGUUCAAAAAGAUUCCACAACUUGCGCAGAAAUGCUCCCUGGCUGGUGUCAAACCCAAAAAUGGGAAAUGGAGUGAAAGUGCCUUGGACUUUUUUACCCAGGCAGUCACAAAUAAAGUACUAAAUGUACACGUGAAAGAAAAGUACAGUCAAGGCUAUGUUGUCCAGCUAACUGAUGCCAAAGCACAGGGUGAAAAAGAUGUAGGUAGACAGAUGUGUAGUUUGGGUCUUGCCGAAAACAUUGAGAUUCAGAGAGAGCCCACAGUUAAAAGUUCCAUAAAAACUACUGAUACAAGUCCAACAUGCCCUGCAAGACUCCUAGGGGAUUUUAGGAAUAGUGGAAACAUUUUCCAAUGCCCAUUUAGUUUGUUCAGCAAUGAGAGAAGUUGUGCUACCUUUAGGGAAUACAUGUUCCCCAUUGGUAGUGUCCUUGAUGUGAGUGUGUCCUAUGUUGAAAGUCCAAAUGACUUCUGGUGCCAGCUGGUACAAAAUGUUGGACACUUGAAAUUGCUCAUGAGUGACCUACAGGCUCAUUAUGCAGGCAGCAUGUUUGAGCCCAACAUAGAAAUCGCUUGUGUUGCUCAACACCCCGACAAUAAAAUGUGGUACAGAGCCCUUGUGAUUCACAGACAUGAAACCCCUCAUGUGGACGUGUUGUUCGUUGACUAUGGACAGACUAAAACGGUCUCCAUCUAUGACCUCAGGAGAAUUUGUACAGAAUACCUCGCUCUGCAAGGCCAGGCAUUUAGGUGCAGUCUGUUAAACCCCAUCACUCCCACAUCUGCUAUAAAUGAGUGGAAUGAAGACGCUAAUGUACGAUUUCAAACUUUUGUUGAAACGUCUGCUUCCAAAUUUGUUAUUUUGAAAUGCACAAUUUAUGCCGUCAUGUACAAUGAGCAGAUGAUUGCUUACAACAUUGUAGAUCUAGAAACCCCUUUUGAAAGUAUCUGCACUAGUAUGGCCAACCUUAUCACAAGCGUUUCUCCCAAAAGAGAUGUUGGACCAUCUUUCCGACUGGACACAUACUACUACUCGACCCACAAUGUCAAAAUAGGUACAGAGGAACAAGUCACAGUGACAUGCGUGAACAGUGUCAAUCAGUUCUAUUGCCAUCUUGACAAGAACGCUGAUGUGACACAAGAUCUCCAGAUGAAAGUGAACAGCCUCUGCCAGCACCUCGCAAAGGUAAAGUUUCCAAAAGUCUUUGGAACUUUGUGUUUUGCAAAAUACACUGAUGGACAGUGGUACAGGGCUCAGAUCAAGACUACAAGACCAGCAAUUUUGGUUCAGUUUGUGGAUUAUGGUAAUACAAUGGAGGUGGACAAGUCUGACUUGCUUCCAAUUCCCAAAGAGGCAAAUGAAAUCUUGUCAGUACCUGUACAAGCAGUUUUGUGUGGUCUCUCUGACAUUCCUGCUAAUGUUCCCAGUGAGGUGAACGAAUGGUUGGCGACGGCCGCAGCAAAAUGCCAAUUCCAAGCACUAAUAGUGGCCAGAGAACCUGAUGGCAAAUUAAUGGUAGAGCUGUAUCAUAGAAAUAUUCAGAUCAAUUCCAAGAUUAAAAGAGAGUUUCAGAUUGAAGCUCAAACAGCAGAGGUUGUCAACCAGGGCUGGAAAGCUCGAGAGCUUUCAGCAAACCCUGCACAAAAGACAUCAAAAACUCAUUUGAACCAAGCUACAGAUAAUGAAUACCAUAAACAAGCUCCAAAGAAGAAUACGUUUUCAGCCCCAAGACCCCCACAUCAAAUUAAGACUAAAGAGAAACCUGCUGAUGUGAAUGUGAAGUGGGCACAGAAACCAGCACAUUAUCAUUGUGACAAUGGUAAGAAGAUCAGACCAGCUCCUUUACAGCUGUACAAACCUCCGCACCAAAGGCCGUCUCAUGAAGCAAUGCCAAAUGUCUCUCAGCCAGCUGCUGAUGAAGUAAAACCAAAAAGAGAGAACUUACCUUUUGACACCAAACACCUACAAUCACUUGAAAUAAAAUCCUACAAAGAAAACCAUUCUGAAAACCUCCCUAAACUGUCAGACCUGCCUUCAAAUACUAUCACACCUGGUGUGGCAGUGGAUGUUUUUGUGUCACAUUUCAACAGUCCUUUGAGUUUCUAUGUGCAGUGUGUCAGCAAAGAGGAUGCAAUAUUUUCUUUGGUGGAAAAGCUCAAUGGCUCAGAAUUGAAUUCAAGAGGCAAGAUCAGAGAUGUGCAUCCAGGGGACCUUGUUCAAGCAGAGUUUGCAGAAGAUUUGUCAUGGUAUCGAGCUGUUGUAAAAGAAAUCCAUGGAGAUAGAUUGGCUCUUGUUGAGUUUGUAGAUUUUGGUAACACAGCAGUGACACCAUUUUUCAAAAUGGGCAGGCUCCACACGUCUCUCUUGCAGUUGCCAGUUUACAGCACACAAUGUAUGCUGAGUGACGCUGCAAAUCUUAGAGAAGAAAGAGUGCUCGAUCCAGAAGUGGUGUCUGCAUUCAAGGAAGACAUUGGUUGCUGUGGAGGGAAGAUACUACGGUGUCAGUUCAUCAGACAGGUGGGAUCCGUGUGGGAGGUAAGGCUGGAAGACAGUGGUGUGGAUAUUGUUUGUAAAGUACCAUCUGGAGAUGGUAAAAUCACCACUAAGACACAAGUGAAGGUGCAGCCAGCUCAGAUCUCUGACCUCAGGCAAGAGGUUGAAAGCCCAGAAAAAUCAUCAGUAAACCUCAGUUUUCUACGAUACCCACAGCAGCAAGAUCUUAUAGAGGGCCAGCAGCUAGAGGCCUACAUCACAAUUGUCAACGAUGGUCUUACAUUUUACUGUCAGUCUGCUGAUUCAGAGGAACUCAACAAGAUAACAUUAAGUGUAUCAGAAUUUGCAAAUACUGUAAAUAAACAGAUUGACCCAGAUAAUUUAUCCCCUGGAACCCCAUGUAUCGCCCUCUUUUAUGAUGAUAAGCUUUGGUAUCGUGCAGAGGUCAUUAACAGUGAGAGAGACGAGUUGUCCGUUCUAUUUGUGGACUAUGGAAACACGUCUCAAGUCAGCAUUACAGAUGUCAGAGAAAUGCCACCCCUCUUGGUGGAAAUUCCACCACAGGCUUUUCUAUGUGAGCUUGAAGGCUUUGAUACUUCAUGUGGCUCUUGGGACAGCACUGCAGAAGACAAAUUGUCUGCACUGACAUUAGACAAACUGUUAAAGCUGGCUGUCACCAGAGUUAUAAGAUCUGAUGAAAAAAACAAGUGUUUUGUGCACAUGCACUGUGGAGGACAGGCAAUAAAUGAUGUCAUGAAAACUUGGUGGAAGUGCCAUACUACAGCAGACACACCUGACUCAGACGGACCAAUCGCUUUAUCGGAACCUCCCCCUCAGCUCGACUCUGCUGCUUCUGUACCAGAGGAUCAGCUAAAGCAUUCUGAUAUGCAAGAUGUGUUUAGUACUGCAACAUGUUCUUACCCUCAGAGUCAGAAAUGCAAGGAACAAAGUGCAAAGGAACUCAUUGACACUUCUGUGGCUGAUGAGGUCCUUAACUUAGUAGAAAGUCCAAAGCACCAAGAAUGCUCUGAAGAUUCUGUUCAGUUGGAGUCUUUUGUCCAGUCCACCAAGGAGGAACAGGAUUCCACUGAGGGUGAUGAUAUAGUCACUGAAAUUGUGAUGGCCCCUAAGGAUAUUUUGUCAUGUGAUGGAGACACGGAUGAAACAUUCCUGACAGUUGUUGACAAAGACGAUCAAGAUGAUUCGUUUAUGAGCUCAACAGUGACUGUGGCCACCGGUGAAGGAGCUGAUGAGGAGAGUACCUCAGUGGUUCAUGCUCAUGAGGAAGAUGGCUUUGAUUCUCCACUGAAGGAAAAUAUUUCAGAGCCUAUGGGUGAGCUGGACACUAAAACCGCUGACACAGAAAAUUCUUCAGCUGAUAACUUGGACAAAGAGCCUUUUUCAGAUAUGGCCAAUGUAAGAUGUGACAAAGUUGCUGUUUCCAGGGGUAACUCUUCAACGAGAGUGAAGAUGGUUCUGCAAAAAGCUGCUCUUGUAGAAACAACAAAGACUACGUUUAAGCUCGCUGAAGAGGCUGAACUGGUGCCUACCUCACUUGAUCUCCCAGUACAGAUUUGUGUUACUUCCACUGAGCAGGACUGUGAAGCUGUAGAUGAUAUGGCACAGAAGGAGGAGGGCCAGAGAGAGAUUUCCACAUCUGCAAAGGAUGACUCAGCCUGCGAAGAGAAAACCCAGUCAGCUCUGCUCGAAGCCGCUGACGCGUCCAUUGGUGAAGAACACAGCAACGCAGAUUCCUUCCCAGAAACGCCCAUUCCUCUGUGCAACAUGUCAGGAACUUUUGAAGAAAAAGUCAUCACAUCAGACACGGACUUCCUCUCGUGUUGA